AGGGUCAGGGAGUGAGUGGGGAGCGAAAUUUCAACUCAGAUUAACAUUAUGACAACUCCAGACAUUGGCCAAAUAAAGUGGAAUUAAUUCUCUGUAAUGAGAGGGGGAGACAUGACGUGGGAUUGAUUACCAUUCUGUAUUCAAAAACACAGUUCACUUGCAUAAAUGCAAUACAUAUAUGUCACUGUUGACUUUAAUAUAAGAUUAAUUAAUGAUAAUGAUAGAUUAAGGUGCACCCAACCACGUCCCGUCCUUAAUUCAAAAUAUCAAAUGAUGAUAUAGCCUAAUAAAUAUUAUUUACUUUCUCGCUGUUCUUUUGUAUUUCCCCCCCCCCAUAAUGACACACUGUCGGAUUGCAAUAAAAUAUUAAUUGAUACUCAUGGGAGAGCGGCUUACAUUAACAAACCAAUAUUGUUUCAUAAGUGUAGCAAAUGUUGUAAGUUAAAGCAUGCAUGAUAUUGUACACAAUGACCACAAAUAAACCGCGCACAAUUUGUACAUCAGUUGUUUAAAUGACAUUAAUUACACCGGAGUGCUAUGGCAGGGGAAAUAUAUCUAAUUUUCUGUUAAAUGUCGAGUGCCUUCUAAUUAGCUAUUCAUGUAAUUAAAAGUUCAUUUAUUCCUCCAGCAUAUCAAAUGAGUACGUCGUUCCUUCUUUUUCUUUUUUUUUUUUUUAAAGCAUUGUGUUAGACUCGUGACGCUUCUCUGGUUUGUAGUUCGGAAUUAAAUUUGACAGCUCUGUUUGACGAAUAUCUUCGGAUUGACUUGUGACAAGUUGCCUAAGAAUCGCCACAUAAAUAAAAAUAGUGGUUCGGUCAAUUUGACAGCAGUGCACUACAAUCUUACCUGUUCACAUGGCAACAUUUCGACUUGACGAAUCGGUACGGUGUGUGUUUUUUCCCCCCCGUUUUCUUUUCUUUUUUGUGUGUUUGUUUGUGUGUGCAAAAGAGUCGAAAUGAAUAGAGGGACAUUGUCUCAAACGGUGGUGAAUCCGCCGCUCUGUGUGGCUGCAGUCCGAGGUGAGAUUUCAGUGUCUAUUUAGCGUUUAACUGGGUAUCAAAUCUGAUCGCUCUCCCUCUAAGGCCCCCUGUGUAGUCGUGAUGUAGUUCUUAUCAAAGCCCUCCUGUCUUGUUGUGACAGCUCUGAUAUUGUUUAUUGAGGUGGAUGUCAGGUUUAAUUAGCAAUCGAUAUGGAAAGCGUUUUCAGACUACGUCUCUGACGUCAGCGCCGAUUAACGCUUCUCAUUGGUCUCAAAUUCCCAGAGCCUAAGCUAAUUAUUGGAAGCUUCGUGUUGAUAAAGAACAGCUCAUCCUACUCUCCACAUCAUGUCCCCUCCUCGCUGGCCACUCUCGCUGCAUGUUUUUUAAAUUCACAUCACCAACCACCAGACGUCGUUUCCUUUUGCCUGGGAGAUGAUGGACAGCAGGAUACUGGAUCCACCUCAUGCCCAGUUCGGAGGCUCGCUCGGUGGGAUGGUGAGCUUUCCGUACCAUCUAAGCCACCAUCAUGUGUACGAAUUAGCCGGUCAUCAACUUCAAUCCACGGCCGCGGUUCCUUUCUCAAUAGACGGAUUACUUAACGGCUCCUGCACGGCUUCUGUGGUGAAUUCUAACCCCCUCUUGUCGUCUGGCUGCGGUAUGAAUGGAGAUAACCAACAGUACAAACUGACAGGUAUGGUUUCAAAACCGAAGGGCGAAAUGGAGAAAAAAGGAGAACACGAAGAAAGGGCCGGGGCGACCUGCACACAACUCUCAUCCGACGACCUGCAGUGGCGAGCCAAUGGACCCAGAGGAAAUUGCUCGCAGAGAACUGGAGAGGCUGGAGAAAAAGAAAAGGAAACAAGAAAGAAGGCUUUUAAAGUCCCAGAACAAACUCAUUCCCGGAGACUUAUUUCACACCCCAGGAUCUGA